AUGGAGGCAGCUCAUACUUACCUUGAUGGCAUAGACCCCUUCAUCUCCUCGGGCUUAUGGGCCGUGGAGGCCUCUCAUAGCACGGCGACCAUGUCCUCAGGGGGCCUUCGCGGUUUGUAUGGGCUUCGGCUCAUGCACCGUCUCAAUAUUUUCCUGUCCUGUUCCGGCCCUCGGGCUGGGCAGGCUGUUUUCUUUGUCCCUGCGCCCUCCUAA